UGUGGUGACGGGAAUACUGGAUCAACCGAUCAAGUGAAUCCCUUCCUUCUAAAACCCUAGCCUCCGCCCCUCCCGUUCAUCAAGAUUCAAGAGAGACAACGCUGUCUGUACCGGCAAAGCAGAGCUCUACCCAGGCCAAAUAUGUCCUCCGCCGCCGCGUCAAGGCGUUUGGUUUCCGGUCUCCACCACCUCCUGUCGCUUUCCUCCAGAUCAUCCUCUGCCGCAGUAGUCACCCAUCCGCCAUCUCCAUUUCAUCAAUUUCUGAGGGGCUUCACUGCGAGUUCCGAUGUACUGCUCCAGCAGCCGCAGGAAAUUGUUUUGCCCACACGAGUCAUCGAAUCCAAGCCCGGCGCCAUGUCCCCGUCGUCCAAGCGAACGGGACUCAUCGCUGUCAAGUGCGGGAUGACUGGUCUUUGGGACAAAUGGGGUGCCAGGGUUCCCAUCACCGUUCUCUGGGUCGACGACAACAUCGUCUCUCAGGUCAAGACUAUCGAGAAAGAAGGGAUUUUCGCUUUGCAGAUCGGUUGCGGCCAGAAGAAGGCAAAGCAUUUAACGAAGCCUGAAGUGGGUCAUUUCAGAGCGCAGGGUGUUCCUCUGAAGAGGAAAUUGAGGGAAUUCCCAGUCACUGAAGAUGCGCUGCUGCCCCUCGGCACUUCUCUUGGCGUUCGUCAUUUCGUUCCUGGUCAAUAUGUUGAUGUCACUGGAAUCACCAUGGGAAAGGGUUUCCAGGGUGGAAUGAAAAGGCAUGGGUUUAAAGGAGGGCCAGCGAGUCAUGGUGCAUCGUUAUCGCACAGAAGUAUUGGUUCUACUGGUCAGAGGGAUGCUCCUGGUAAGGUCCGUGCUGCCCUUAAUACUAUCGAGUUCUCUGUUUGCUGUACAGUUCUGUUAAAUUAGCUCAAUUUAGUCAUUCCUUAGCAAUAUGUUGAUUGGCCGUUGAAUCAUUAGUACGUGAUCUGAAACAAACUCCCGAUUUCUUUUGGUUGUGGAAGUUUCCUUCUUAGAUAGUAGACAUGUUGGUGGUUUAAAGCUCAACCUGUUAGCUUUCGAAGUUUAAGUUUCUAGACUAAAUUAAGCUCUGCGGAGUGUCUUCUUAUGAUUCUGAUACCCAUCGACUACGUUACCACCUGCUUUGCAUUAGUUUUUUUAUAUGGUGAGGUUGGAUAUGUUAUACGCAUAUAUUUGUUGUGCAGGUUUUUAAAGGGAAAAAAAUGCCUGGGCGUAUGGGUGGCAAGCAAAGAACGGUGAAGAACGUAUGGAUAUACAAGAUCGACCCAGUUAGGAACUUGAUCUGGGUGAAAGGCCAAGUACCGGGAGCAGAAGGUAAUUUCGUGUUUAUUAAAGACGCAGUGUACAGGAAGCACGAGAUUUCAUUGCUUCCUUUCCCAACGUAUUUUCCGGGAGAUGGCGAGGAUGAUAGGUUGGAACCCUUGGUUGCCGAUCUUGGAGAAGUAGAUCCAUUCAUGCUAGGAGAUUAGCAACUUCUGUGAGAAAGCCCUAUAGGAAACCUUGGCUGAUCAGGAAUUCGGACCACUUGUGCUUACUCUGGAUAAGUUUUGCUGUUGAGUUGAAAAACAAUACUGCGUUGCUCUAGGUUCCCCAACGAUGGGAAAUAGUGAGUGGGAUGUGUAGGUACAUAAUUUGUCCGUCUGCCCGGCCUUGUUUCGGUUUUUGAACAAGAAUAAUGUUUUGGUUCCAAAUGAGUUGGCAUUUAGCUGGUCUAUCAUUCACUUCUUGAUUUCGAAGGCUACACUCCUCUUAAGUCUUAGCCUUAAUGUUCCAUAGAAUGCUGAGAAAGUGGUGAGGUAGUUUUUGGAAAUUGGUUUCCCCUUAAUCUUGAAACUCUUGUGAGAUGCAAUGAGGUUUGCUUAUGCAGGUAACUGGGUU